AGUGGGAAUGGAGCUGGGAUGGAGGCAGGAGGAGGAGGAUGGUGGGGACGCGGUGUCCCCAACCCUAUGGGAGCAGGGCAGUGCCACCUCCUGCUCCCUGCACGCCCCUGGGUGAUGGGUGAUGACGUGCCCUGUGCUGGCACACCGCGGUGACGGCACCUGCUGGGGCCUCGCAGGCUCGGGGCCAGCCUUGUCCUUGUCCCCAUCCCAACAGUGGAAGGAAGAUGGAGCGGUUCUGGGGCCCUUUGCAGCAGCACCGUGGGGCUGUAGGGCCGGGCAGCUCCAUCCUCAGCCCGUUGCCCUAGAGUAAUUUGUGUGGCCGUGGGCUGGGCAGGGGCUGUGCGACUCGGGGCAGGGCAGAAAACUGCUGAGUGUUGCCUUUCUUGCCAUGAAAGAGCCAGAGCAGCUUGAACUAAAUCGGAUCCUGCUGAUUGGAAUUAGUUCAAAUGCAGAUGGAGCUAACUAAGCUGGCGGUAAGCAUUUGAACGGCGCAGCGUCCAAUUCCCAUCAGCUGAUUCAAGGGCUUUUCUGGGCGGCAUUAACAAAAUGCCACCGAGCGGACAGAUGCCCAUUGUGCGGGGGGCUGAUGGCCUCAGCCUGGUGCCAGGCUCGGACCCGAGCCACUCAUAUGGGAUGCAGGGACGAGGUGGCUUUCUGGGCCGGCGCAGGGGUUGGGGUGAUGUCCGCUGCCGUCAUCCGGAUGCUGACAGCCCAGGGUGGGGGUCCCAUCCGUGGUCCCAUGGCCAAAGCCAUCCGCUGGGAGUGGGGGAUGCAGCCGAGCCCGGUCCCGGUGGGACGACGCCAACUCCCGAGCAGUCAAGUGUGCUCAGGCUCUGAAUAAGAAGCACUUCAUUCUCUUUUCAAACUGUAUAAUUUCUGCCUGAUUGUAAUGGCAUAUUUUAAAAUUACCAGAAAUCGAAGCCAGAAAAUGGAUACGGCUGCUUUUACUGCGAGCUGCAUUAACAAAGGAUAUGUAAUGCGCGAAAUAAAAACACCUCCCUGCCCCCCCUCCUCCUUUUUUUAAGACAGUAAUAGGAGAAAAUUGGUUUUGAAACUGAAUAAAAGUCCCUUUCAGAGGAAAUCAUUUCUUUCAGGGUACCUUUGCUGAAAGUAAAAUAGUGAAUAAUGAAAGGUGGUUACAUGAUUGUCUUUCAUUUAGAGAGCGCUAGGACAGAUGGAAUCUGGGAGAAAUGCAAGAUUGGAAUAAUUGCAUGGUAACAAGGCGCUUGUUGUGAAAUUAGUAUCUUAAGAAAGUAGUGAAAAAGGCUUUUACUCAUGAAUACUUCAUUAUUAGGCGAAAACAGCACCAUUUGGGUUCUCCAGACACCUGCUCCGUGUGUGAUGGCUCUUCCUCGCCUCUUGCUCCUCACACUUUGCUCUCAGAGUCUCCGUUCCUGAAUUUUGCAGUGCUGGAGGCCACCAUGUCCCCACCCUGGGGAUGAGGCAGGAGCUUGUGGUCCCACAUUGGUCAGCUCAGAGGUGGGCAGGAGUGGUUUGCUACCAGGUGGAUGUGAGGGAGCGUUCCGAGGGGUGAGCAUGGAGCUUGGUGAGCACCCCAAGCACCCCGAGCACCAGACUCUGUGAUGGAGCUGGGGAAGCGAGGUACCCUCUGUGACACCCAGCCCUGACACCUCACACGGACCAGAAGCCGCAGUUGAGGAUGGGUUUGCUAUCACUGCCCGCUCUGUGCUCAGAGCUGCUGCCGUGCCAGCGGGAGGCAUUCACUGUGGUUCCUGCAGGACGUGCUGUGUGCAGGACGUGCAAUUCACAGAUCAGUGGUGGAGGUGCCUUUGGCCUGACCCCUGCAGAUUUCCCGGCAAGAUUUUGGCACACCCCAGGACCCGAGCGGGAUUUUGCUGCCUGCAGGCCGAAUCCCUGCUGUGCAUCCAAUGGCUGCAGCUGUCCCCGGGAGCAGGAGGAGCUGCUCUGUUUCCUGCAGGAAGAGCAGAAAGCGUCACAGGGAGCACCAACCACCCACUGAGCCCUUCAUAUUUAUUUUAUAGAGCUUCAUAUUUAUUUAAGGCUUCCAUACUUAUUUAUUUAUCUCCAAAAGAGCAAAGGCCCCUGCACAGUGGGUGCGAGAGCUCCCAGCCUCCAUGCAUGCAGACUUUGCCCAGCAGUGGGUGCGGGUGCACGGCCGGACCCCUCCCCUUACCACUGUUUCUCUUCUCUUGGCAGUGCACGGUGCGGCUGCGGCCGGCCAGGACUCCCAGACCAUGCUGGCGUGCCUGCAGCGAACCCAGAACCCACCUGGGCAGCACCUGGCCUGUCCCAACCCCAACAAGGCACUGGAGCCACGCAAGUGCGAGACGACGGCACCCAUGCAUUCCCCACGCUACCCCAGCCCCGCCGAGCUGGACGCCUAUGCACAGAAAGUGGCCAACAGCCCGCUGACCAUCAAGAUCUUCCCCACCAACAUCAGGGUCCCACAGCACAAGCACCUUAACCGAACGGUCAAUGGGUACGACACCACGGGGCAGCGCUACAGCCCCUACCCCGUGCACGCUGGCGGCUACCAGGGCCUUCUGGCCAUCGUCAAAGCCUCCAGCAAAAGCGUGGUGAAGAACGCAGAGGGCAAGCGGACUAAGCUGUCGCCCGCUCAGGCCGGCGUCGCUCCCUACCCAUCCUCAAGCACUUUAGCCCCAGGCCCCUCCUGCGCCGGCCCGCUGAGCUACCACCAGAAGCAGCUGGAGGGCCCCGUGCCUCCCACCGUGACAGUGGCGAGCUCGGCGCUGCCGCUGGCGGGCCGUGGCCUGGCGCUGCCGCCCUCCAACCUGCCCUCCAUCCAGAGCAUCAUCUACCAGCUCAACCAGCAGUGCCAGGCCCAGGCCUCGCAGCCUGCCUGCCCGGUGCUGCCGGCCGCCCACCCCAGCCCGGCCAAGCACGGCGCCUUCCCCGCCAUGGCCUCGGCCUACGCCGUGCUGCCCGAGUGCCGCAAGGGAGCCGAGCUGCCCCAAAUGCUGCUGGAUGGUGCCAUGUCCCUGUGA